AUGAGUGGUCUAAUUCACAAAAGUAAAACUAUCAUUAAUAAUAACUUUAUUAAUGGUAAUGAUUUUAUUUAUAAACAUAAAUCUGGAAAAAAUAUUGAAAAUGUUACUCUUAAAAUUGAUAAAAAUGGAUACAUAGUUUAUUGGAUUCCAAAAGCUAUGAAAAAACCAAAUCCUCAAUAUUUUAUUUUUAUUGAUGAUAUUGUUGAUGUUAGAACAUCUUUAACAGAAUAUCUAGAAUAUGAACCAAUGAAAGAUUAUUAUCUUUUUCAAAUAGUUACCAACACUGACAUUGUCAAUGAACAAUUUUUUUCAUUUCAGUCAAAAUCUCAUGAAAUAAUAAAAAAUUGGUAUAAUUUUCUUUUUAAAUUAGCAUAUACUUACAAAAAAACUUAUCGUGGUUUGUUAUAUUUUAUUGAAAAAAUUUUUACACCAACUAUUUAUGUGAAUAAUUAUACAUUAUUAAUAAAUUCACAAGAAAUGAGAAUUUUAUUUCUUCAGUAUACAAAAGAAUAUUUAAUGGAAUGUAAGGAUAAAGGAAAAGAUAAGGUUAAUAGAAAAAAAAUUCUUAUUAAUGAAUAUAUUAAAUUAGCUGAUAGAUAUGAUUUAAGGCGUGUCUUUGAUGAAAUAACUGAUGGUGAUGAUUAUAUGACAUUAGAAAAAUUUAAAAAAUUUAUCAAUGAAACUCAAAGAGAUUGCCGUUUAAAUGAAGAUAUUAAUCUUUUAAAAACAACUGACGAUAUUAAAAAAAUUAUUAGAAAUGUUGAUUGUAAAGAGAAUAGCGAUAAAGAAAGAAUAAGUUUUAUUGGAUUUUGUCAAUAUUUAUUAAGUGAUCAAAAUUCAGAUGUAAUGACAUCAGAAUUUAAAUUAAAAAUAAGUGAUAUGAAUUAUCCAUUACCAUUAUAUUAUAUUAAUUCAUCUCAUAAUACUUAUCUUAAUGGUCAUCAAAUAAAUGCUGCAAAACAUUUUUCUGUCAAUCAACGUUGUGAAGCAACUGUUGAAAUGUAUAAACAAGUUCUUCUUUCAGGAUGCCGUUGUAUAGAAUUAGAUUUAUGGGAUGGAAAUAAUGGUGAACCAGUUGUUACACAUGGUCCAGAAUAUUUAUUAAAAAUUAAUACUAUUGAACUUAGAAAAGUAUGUUAUGCUAUCAAAGAUUAUGCCUUUAAAACUUCUGAUUAUCCAUUAAUAUUAUCCUUAGAGAAUCAUUUAUCAAAUAGGCAAGAAGAGAAAUGUGCUGAGAUAUUUGAAGAGAUAUUUGAAAAUUUACUUUUAAAACGUCCUUUACCAGAUUAUCCUUUAGAGGAAGGAAUAAGACUUCCAUCACCAGCUAAGUUAAAAAAAAAAAUAUUAUUAAAAGGAACAGUGGGAGAUAAUUGGAAUGUCAAUAAUUAUAAUCAUAAAAAUUUAUCUUAUCAUCAUAAACCUAUUGAAAGAGUUUUUAAAGAAAAAAAAGCUUCACAAGUGUUGUUAAAUGAUUCAACAAAUAAUAUUGACAGAGAUAUUGAAAAAAAUUUUUCAAUACAAGGAUUUAUUAAAACACCAAGUAAUACAAAUCUUCAAAGACAAUAUAAUUCUAUUAAAAGAUUAAACUCAAAAACACCAUCUAAUACAAAAUUAUAUAAAUUAUUUAAUUAUAUACAAAAUUCAAAAAAAAUUUCAAUAAAUAAUCCUGAUUUUAUAAUGAAUAGUUUAAGUGAACAAAAACUUGAUAAAUUGAUAACAAGAGAUUCAAUUACAGUUACACAAUAUACUCAAAGACAUUUAGUUCGUGUUUAUCCAGAAAUUAAUAGAAUAUGUUCCUCUAAUUUUAUUCCAAUUUUUUUUUGGUCAUCUGGUUGUCAGAUGGCUGCAUUAAACUUCCAAACUAAUGGUCUUUCAAUGCAAAUGAAUAAUACUAUAUUUGAGGAUAAUGGAAAUUGUGGAUAUUUAUUAAAACCAAAAAUUUUAAGAGAAAAAAAUUAUAAAGCAGAUGUAUUUGCAUCAUCCCUUUUAAUUAGUAAUACAAUUGAAAUUGAAAUUAUAUCAAUACAUUUUUUAUCACCUUUUCUUCCUUUUAAUAAAAAUAAUUAUGAUAGUGAUAACAAAAAUGAUAAUGAUAAAUAUGGUGUUACAAUUAUAGCUGAUUUAUAUGAUUUACCUGGUGAUAGUUGUCGAGGAAAACAAAAGACAACAGUUUUUAUUGAUAGAAAUAAUUUGUCAAAUAUUUUAUUAGAAGAUUCAAGAAAAAUUUUUAUUUUUCCUAAAAUAAUUAAACCAGAAUAUGCAAUGAUUCAUUUAAAAGUAGAAAAUAAGUAUGGUAGUGAUUUAUUUCAAAGAUUUAUUCCAGUUCAUCGUAUUCAACCUGGAUAUAGGCAUAUAAUAAUGAGAAAUAAUGCUAAUAAAAAUGUUGGUCCUGUUUCAUUAUUUGUAAAAAUUAAUGUUAAAUUAGUUAAUGAUAAUAAUGAAACAGGAAAUGAAAUAUAUUCAGAUCCAUUAAAAUUUAAUGAAAUUUUUAAUCAAGAUCAUGAAGAUUUAAUUAAAUGUGAGGAAAAUGAUGUAUCAAUAGAAAAAGAAAUUACUAGACAAAUUGAAACAAAAACGGAUGUAUUUCUUCAAAUAACAGAAUCUUAUGAUAAUGAAGAAUAA